AUCAAUGACCUUAUGUAAUGGUGAUCAAUUUCAGGUAUCGUUCACAUGAGCAAUGGGAGGCUAAUCAGCUACCCUCCCCCAAAAAUGAAAGCACCACAGAUAGCAAGGGUACAUAUCGUCCAGAAUAUAGUCAAAAUGACGGAGGAGAUACUAAAAGAUACGAAUACGAAAAUGCGUCAUAUAGAAAAGUAUGUGGAUAUGUACAGAGGAAAAACUAGUUUUGAGAUGGGUGCAGCUGCAGGUGAAAUUUACGCUCGAUUUAAGAAUAUGAUAAAAAUAUACAAAGAAGCUACCAAGAUUCACACUGACAACUCGUGGUGGAACUGGAAGGAAACGUGGAAUUGGCGAGGCCAUUUCCUUGAUCAUAAAUUAGUGGAAUACAUGAUUAAUAAGUUUCAGAUUUGUCAGGGCGAAUAUAAUGAGAUACUUUAUCUGCGAGGGGUAUUUUACGCAACCAUAGAGGAAGCUCACGAGAGGAGGAGGAAGAAACUGGAGGAAUUAAAUCGUAAUCGAAUAAAGAAUUUCGGUGGUAGACGUAGGUUUAAAUCUGGUCCGGAACAGGAUUCACUUGAAUCGAAUGACGAAACCCAUAUGGAAACACAUUUUAAAUCUGAAAAUCCUGCUGAGAAGGGAGACCCAAAGGACUUGUAUGUGGAUUACUGGGGCCAUCUAGUGGACAGAAACGAAGAACAAAGGAAAAUGGAGGCACGCAGCCAUGACCGUUUCGAGAAGGCAUACAAAAAAGACUUCGAUAGAAAAAUAGCUAGCAUGUUCAUCAGAAAUGACACACUUUCACAGGACGAGCUUGUAAAUGAGACUUCGGCGUUGUUCGCCAGGGUGGCGAGGAGAAGAGAGCAAAUUGCGAGGAUUAAGGAAGAGAACGAGAGGAUAAGGCAGGAGAGGGCAGUGACAAGAGUAAAUGACGAUGAUUUCAAGAGGAGUUUAAGGCAGCUAAGUUUCCAGCGUCGAAGGGCGAACUUCAGUCCAGAAAGAGAAGGAAUAGAUAUUAACUUAGCUGAUAUGGUCUAG